GUAAACCGCGCAUGUUUAGACCACACCUUAAUUUAAAAAAUGGCUGGACUGCGCACGCUCCAAACUAUCGAUGCAUCGCAACGUGCAGUCGUUGCACACGGCGCUAUUUAGUCAACAUGCAUCUCCCGACUCCAUCAGUCGCAAUUUAGAAAGAUUUUGUUUCAAGAUCUUUUUUCUGAUAUUUUUCGUGAAUAAAAUUCUAGUGACACGGUCCUCGUCUGAUAUUGUGCUCAGUUCCAGUAAGUAAUUAUUUAAAUAGCAUUUUUAUCAUACCCUCACGAUAUCCAACAAGGCAAGGGUGAACCGCGCAUGUCUUGACCACACCUUAAUUUAAAAAAUGGCUAGACUGCGCACGCUCCAAACUAUCGAUGCAUCGCAACGUGCAGUCGUUGCACACGGCGCCAUUUAGUCAACAUGCAUCUCCCGACUCCAUCAGUCGCAAAUUAGAAAGAUUACGUUUCGAGAAUUAUUUUUAGAUGUUUUUCGUGAACACAAUUCUAAUGACGCGAUCCUCGUCUGAUUUUGUGCUCAGUUCCAGUAAGUAAUUAUUUAAAUAGCAUUUUUAUCAUACUCUCGCUAUGUCCAACAGAGCAGGGUGAACCGCGCAUGUGUAGACCACACCUUAAUUUAAAAAGAAGGUUAGACUGCGCACGCUCCAAACUAUCGAUGCACCGCAGCGUGCAGUCGUUGCACACGGUGCCAUCUAGUCAUUAUGCAUCUCCCGACUCCAUCAGUCGCAAAUUAGAAAGAUUUUUUUCAAGAAUUUUUUUCUGAUAUUUUUCGUGAGUACAAUUCUAGUGACACACGGUCCUGGUCUGAUUUUGUGCUCAGUACCAAUCACUUUGAUUCCGGUCUUGAAGUUCAAUAACAUGUACAGAGCGACACCAAACUUGAGCCGACUAUUCAAUGAACCAGAGCUACAGAAGUCCUGCAUGACAUUCAUCAUCAAGGGCUCCGAACUGAAAGAGAAGCCAACUCUGUCAGACGUCCUGGAGAUACUGUGUUCGCUGCAACAAGGUACAACCCUGAGGACUGUCAGCGACCGCUUCUCCAACUCUGCUCGACCCAACUUCGACAUCAGACGACUGGUUGUCUUCGCUCAGAUCCACGGCCUCAUCAAAUGCUUAAAAAGGUAUCCAGUAUAUCUUCGAAAUCCUCCUCGGCAUAACGGUUUCAACACCCGCGUAGACCCCGUUCUCGGCAUACGCAGACUGUUCACUGGCAAACAUUGCGCCGAUGAAAUCUGCUGUCUCGCUCGCAUCGACCUCCCGACCCUCGAGCAAAUCAUUGAAGAAGACCCGAACGUCGCUAUUAUAUGGAGAUAGAGGACCCACGACCCCGUUGCAGACGAAAUUUUCCUUAGAGACAUUAACGAACACGAAAUCACAAUCCUAAAUGAGUGUCAAACACUUUCAUGCGAUCAGGCUGGACCUGGUUAACUUCGGCGCAUACUCUCUGCAAUCAAACGAACAAUACAUUACGACUUCAAUUUUAGAUUAGCAGUUUCGACAAUUCAUAAAAUAUUUAAUAGAAUAAUUGUUUGUGUUAAAAUAAUUUUUAUUUCUAACUUUUCUUAAACUUUCGAAUUUACUGACAAAAAGUUUUUAACUAGACUAAUUGAAACAAUAAUUAAACAAUCGCGAUACCUCACACGUUGUGUAUUUAAAGAAUUUUGAAAUGCUGACUACCUAUUAAUUGUUCAUUUUUAAUUAUUUUAGAUUCAAAUGUCAAUUUAAACAAGCUGAUCAAAUUACUGUAACUAUAGGACGUUAAUCUUUACGCCCCGGGGUGUAAGUGGCUAAACUGCCAACAAUCUAGCCAAAGCCAACCUCACCUGCCCGCGGUGCACCCUGCCGACCAACGAACGAGGCUCUGGCAACCUUCCCCUUCCCCUUCUGUUCUCUCUUACCCAAAUUCAACUAUUUCUUACACGUCUCUUAUUCUUCUUGACGUCUCUGAAGCGACAGUAUGCGCCGAAUGAUACUCAAUAUAUUGUCGUCUCGGGCCCAUCUUACAUUGCCGCCACGUAUGGUUGGUUACGAUUAACAAAAUAUACUAAGAUCUUAUUAUCAUAAUCAUCAAAUUAUGACUGUAUACGCACACAUUGGUAAAAUUUGAGGUCCGGGAUCAGUCCUGAGCACGAAAGUGAAAAUGUUAAUAUUAAGAAUUUUGCCCAUAUGAAAAUUCAUUGGAGCUGUUAAUUCAUGGUCAGAGGCAGUAUGCUCCAUUAGUACGAUUCAAACCUUGAAUUUUACAAAUGUUCUGGUCCUAUCUACAUUUUGGUAUGUUUUCCACUAAAGUGCUAUUUUUCACCUUCAGUACGUGUUGUGUAAAGAUGUUUCCUCGAACUUACAAAUGUAGCCUAAUUUAAUGACCAGAACCAAACCGCUCUUGUCGCUGAUGUCAACGCAGUUUUAAAUAAUUUUAAUAUUCCUGUUCUUGAUCCAAAUUUUAGUAUGGCAGGCGUAGAGAGUUAAUCAUCUUCAGCACGACACCUAUGGUAUGUCAGUUGUAUACGUUCUGAUAGACUUGGACCUCAACGCACGCCGUGGCUAUGUUUCUUUUGACCUAUCAUUUCAGAACCCCCUCUUGUUGAAUAAACAAUCAGCAGUUCGUUUGUUUUUCAUAUAUUAAGUUAAACGUAAGCUGAGUAAAGUAUGGCUGCUGAUUUGCUGAACUGAUGUGAUUGAAACAUAGAGCGACGUUCGGUGAGAAUGGACAUUUUGCGCUAAGUACUGAAUUAAGUAUAGAUUCCGCGAAGUAAAUGUAAAGAAAUUGUAAAGAAUGUAUACCAAGCACGGUUUUUACUUUGGUUGUAGGUUUUAAAUCUUCCCCUUCUUGUUUCCUCCCCUCGCCUUCUUCCUACCAUUUAUCCCUGUCUUUACAACACCUACAGAAUCAAACUUGAAGUCACAUCAUGUCUUCUACUCCUACCCAAACUUUUCAGUAGCAAGGCAACGAUACGAGAUUCGUCGCAAAUUUGUUUCUGUAAAAGCGAGGAGAACGGAACAUAUGUAUUUACCUAAAACGCACUUGUUUAGAUGUUACGAAUGUAACUGGGAGAGUGAAGAACUCUGGUAAUGUUAUCUGGAAUGUCACGAGUCUAAGCUAUUGUUUGUCUGCGUAGACUGCGAUUCACGUUUUAGAUAACAUUGAUUGGCUUGUUUUGAUCGACAACGGCGACACAUCUCGUUUCCUGGUUCUUGUAGUUGUAAGGUGUUCUGUGAACGUGCUGUAAAUUAGGUUUAAGAAUAACCAAGUAACUGGACGUGCCGUAGUACGGACUCGUUUCGAAGAUGUUAUCACAAUCAUUCUAAACUUGUCCGCACGUCGUUGGUUUGUAUCUCUAGAAGCCACUUCGUCCUCGCGACGAUUAUUGUUAUUAUAAAUUGUGAUCGGUAUACGUGCGUUCUUCUACUAAACACAUAUACCGAUCAUCCUAUAUCGGCAAUUUAAAAAUUUGCUGAUAUGGCACACAUAAAAUGUAUUUCUCUAUAGCGUAAUGCAUCAAAUGUAAGUAAAGCUUUUCCCCAGUUUGAUGAUUGAUGCGAUCAGUCAUUGUGCUCCACGUGAGCUGCGCUAAAUAUAAAAAAUAAUUCAAAA